AUGAAUCCUGGUGCACCGAAUUACCCGAUGGCAUCGCUCUACGUCGGAGACUUGCAGUCGGAUAUUACUGAAGCAAUGCUGUUUGAAAAAUUCUCAUCUGCUGGUCCUGUUUUGUCUAUUCGCGUAUGUCGCGAUGUUAUUACUCGGCGUUCUCUUGGCUACGCCUACGUUAAUUUUCAACAGCCUGCUGAUGCCGAACGUGCAUUGGACACUAUGAACUUUGAUAUGCUUAAAGGACGGCCUAUUAGAAUAAUGUGGUCGCAACGUGAUCCGUCUCUCCGUAAGUCCGGAGUUGGAAAUGUCUUUAUCAAGAACUUGGACCGUAGCAUUGAUAACAAGGCUAUGUACGAUACUUUCUCAGCGUUUGGUAAUAUUCUCAGCUGUAAAGUUGCUCAAGACGAGACUGGUGAGUCCAAGGGUUAUGGAUUCGUGCAUUUUGAAACUGAGGAAGCUGCUAAUAAAUCUAUUGACAAGGUCAACGGUAUGCUGUUGAACGGCAAAAAGGUCUACGUUGGCAAAUUCAUCCCACGCAAAGAGCGCGAAAAGGAAUUGGGCGAAAAAGCAAAACUCUUCACCAACGUUUACGUGAAGAAUUUCGGUGAAGACAUGACUGAUGAAAAAUUACGGGAGAUGUUUGAAAAAUACGGAACCAUAACUAGCCACAAAGUUAUGUCUAAGGACGACGGCAAAUCGCGAGGAUUUGGAUUCGUUGCCUUUGAAGAUCCCGAUGCAGCCGAGCAAGCAGUAAUCGAGCUGAACGGAAAAGAAAUUGCCGAGGGUAAAUACAUGUACGUCGGUCGCGCCCAGAAGAAAGCCGAGCGUCAGCAGGAGCUGAAACGCAAGUUCGAGCAGUUGAAAAUUGAGCGACUGAACCGUUACCAAGGAGUCAAUCUCUACGUCAAGAAUCUUGAUGACACCAUCGACGAUGAGCGCUUGCGCAAGGAGUUUACGCCUUUCGGAACCAUAACUUCCGCCAAGGUAAUGUUGGAAGAUGGCCGCAGCAAGGGCUUUGGGUUCGUGUGCUUCUCGGCUCCGGAGGAAGCCACCAAGGCCGUGACCGAGAUGAACGGCCGGAUCGUCGGAACCAAGCCACUGUACGUGGCUCUUGCCCAGCGAAAGGACGAGCGUAAAGCUCACCUGGCUUCGCAGUACAUCCAGCGGAUGUCUAACCUCAGAAUGCAGCAAAUGGGACCAAUGUACCAGGCUGGAGGCGCUGGAAGCUUCUUUGUGCCAACUUUGCCCCAACCUCAACGCUUCUACGGACCCGCUCAGAUGGCCCAAGUACGGACGACUCCUCGCUGGCCGGCUCAGCCGAACCAAGUGCGUCCCAACGCCCAAGCCGGCAGCACCGGAUUUGCCACCAUGCAAGCUCCGUUCCGCGCAACUCCUCGCGCCGCCACUGCUCAAGCCGGUGCCAUGAGAAACGCCAUCUCCGCGAGACCCAUCACUGGGCAGCAACAGCAGGUCGCUGGAGCCAACAUCCAAGGACGCUCCAUCAGCGGAACCAACGUCGGAGUUGCUCAGACCCAGAGUCGUCCUCCGAACUUCAAGUACAACAUCAACGUUCGCAACCCACCCCAGCCCAUGCAGAUGCCCCAGCCGGCUCCAGUUCAGCAAGCUGUCCACAUUCAGGGUCAGGAACCCCUCACUGCUUCAAUGCUGGCUGCUGCUCUUCCUCAAGAACAGAAGCAAAUGCUGGGUGAAAGACUCUUCCCGCUUAUCCAGAUGAUGUACCCGCAGCUCACCGGUAAGAUUACUGGUAUGUUGCUCGAGAUUGAUAAUUCUGAGUUGUUGCACAUGUUGGAGCACAACGAAUCGCUCAAGGCUAAAGUCGAGGAAGCCGUCGCCGUGCUACAGGCUCAUCAGGCCAAGCAAGCCGUCAAGAAGGACUAA